AAGAAAGAGAAAAGAAAGCGUCUGAUUUGAAAAUAGGUGCGUACGUACGUACGUAUGUAUAAAGAAAUUAAAAGCAAAAACAAGAAAUGAAUGUAGCUUAGCAGCAGAUCUCGAGUUUCACGCACUAUAAUAUAUAUACUACCCGUCCGUAGUAUAUAAAUAGACACCAGCCCACCUUAUGUAUGUAUGUAUGUAUAUGAAUGAAAUUGUGUGUCCUAAGUUGAUUAAUUUACUAAUUGUAGCGCCGCAGCUUAAUUAGCGUGUGUGUGUGUGUAUAUAUAUAUAGACUACAUACGUAGUGAUGGAGUGGUAAGUGGAUCUUAGCUUUAAGCUCAUCGGUUGCCUUAGCUUUUAUUUACAUAGAAUAGAAUGGAGUGGAGAUUGGCGGAAGCGUUGGUGAGAUGGAAGCCAUACCUGGCUCUGGUGUUCAUUCAGUUUGGGCUGGCGGGGAUGGAUGUCAUCUCCAAAGUCGCCCUCAACGAAGGCAUGAGCAACUAUGUCUUUGUUGUCUACCGCCACGCUGUUGCCACCAUCGUCAUAGCUCCUUUUGCUCUCAUUCUAGACCAGAAACACAGGCCCAAAAUGACGCUUCCCAUUUUCGCCAAGCUUGUACUUCUCAGCCUUCUUGAGCCUGUGAUAGACCAGAAUCUGUACUUCAUAGGCAUGAAAUAUACAACAGCAACUUUUGCGGCUUCUAUGGCCAACAUCCUGCCUGCCUUGACUUUUUUGAUUGCAUUGCUAUUCAGGCUAGAGAAGGUGAGAUUGAAGAGUAUUCGAAGCCAAGCGAAGAUAAUAGGAACGGUGGCAACGGUAGGGGGGGCCAUGAUGAUGACACUUGUGAAAGGCCCAGUGCUUGAGCUGUUUUGGACCAAGUCAAUCGGUCAUGGCCAUCCUGCAACUGGGGCCAUUGAUCUUGCCCAUUCUAUCAAAGGAGCUCUCAUGAUCACCUUCGGAUGCUUGAGUUGGGCCUUUUUCGUCAUCUUACAAGCAGUGACAUUGAAAACAUAUCCCACAGAGCUUUCACUCACUGCAUGGAUAUGCCUUUUGGGAACUGGUGAGGCAGCAAUUUUGGCACUCGUCAUGGAGAGGGGCAAUCCUGCUGCUGUUUGGUCCAUAAACUGGGAUACCAAAUUUCUUGCUGCCCUUUACAGUGGAGUAUUCUGUUCUGGGCUUGCUUAUUACAUUCAAGGAGUGGUCAUGAAAGACAGAGGGCCCGUUUUUGUAACUGCGUUCAAUCCAUUGAGUAUGGUCAUUGUGGCCGUAAUCAGCUCCAUCAUUUUACGAGAGCAGAUGUACCUCGGAAGGGUUGUUGGUGCCGCUGUCAUUGUUAUAGGGCUUUAUAUGGUCCUGUGGGGGAAAUGCAAGGAUCACAACUCAGCAUCUCAUCUUGACCCAAAAUCUCUACCAAUGAAAAGUGAUGCAGCUGCAAACACUGGUAGCUAGUGACGAGGACCAUCUAUCCCUCUUCACUCUAGGAUACAAUCAGACCUUAUUUCUACUCAAGUGAAUUGAACCCAUCUUCUCUUUAAUUGUAGGACAAGCUUCAAACAAUUUUAAGGAAUUUUGACAUCUAAUCUCGCACUAUCACUUCAAAUAAAUUGUGGGUUUUCUCAAACAACUGCUUCAAAUUUUCAUACUCCGCGCUUUUCUCUCAAACUUG